CUCCGGAAGUGCCAGAGGCAGUACUGGCCAGGCCGGUGCCGGAGGAGAAUAUGAGAGAGGUAGGGGUAAUGCUGGUGGAGAGCGAGGGAACUACGGCGGAAAUUAUGGACCUCCGCCAGGGAGCCAGUACUCUGGAAAUCAGUAUGGUGCCGGCCCUCCGCCUCAGACACCUCCCCCUAACGCUGGCCCAGGACCAAAUAAGCCCGACUCGGCCAAGGCCGAAGAGAAGGCCCGAGCGGAAGAAAAGGCCCGCGAAGAGAAAGCUCGCGAGGAGCGAGCACGGGAAGAGAAGGCUCGUGAGGAGAGGGCCCGAGAGGAAAGGGCCCGAGAGCAAAAAGCCCGGGAGGAAAAAGCUCGGGAGCAAAAGGCCCGGGAGGAGAGAGCUCGCGAGGAAAAGGCCCGCGAGGAGAAGGCCCGCGCAGAAAGAGAACGGGAAGAAAAGGCACGUGAAGAGGCGAGACGGAAAGAGGAGCUUCGACGAAAAAUGGAAGAGUUCAAGCGGAAGAGAGAGGCUGAGCGGCAAGAAAAGCAAAGACAGCAGGAGCGCGAGGCGAUGGAGAAGGAAAUGCGUGAACAAAGGGAGCAGUUCGAGAAAGAGAUGGCCGCUGCCAGAGAAGCAGCGGCAAAGGAGGCACGAGAGCGUGCCGAGAAGGAAGCAGCCGAAGCUCGGGCAAAGGCUGAAAGGGAGGCCGCUGAAGCAAAAGCUAAGGCGGAGAAAGAAGCCGCAGAGAAGGAAGCGGCUGCAAAAGCGGCUGCAAAGAAGGAGGCAGAUGCCAAGUUUGCAGCCCUCAAGGAGGCGGCAGCCAAGAAGUAUGCCGAGAAGAAGGCUAAAGAUGCCCAAGAGGCAGCGGCCAAGGAGGCAGCAGCAGCGAAAGAAGCCGCGGCGAAGACUGCCAAGGAGAAAGCAGGCAGCGCAUCAGUCCCUCCGCGAAGCCCAUCACCGAAGAAGCCCCCGUCUGGAGCACGAACCACGAUGUCUGCCGACCAAGAUGAUGCAUAUUCCUUUCGACCUUACGACAGACCUCGACGGCCAUAUGGGGGUACGUCAAGCUCGUCAGCAUACUCUGAAUCAUCCUACGCUCCUUCCCAAUCCACGGCUCGAACAUCACCUCCACCAUCAAAUCGAGGACGAUAUGAAACUAAAGACCCGGAUAAGAUUGUUAUUAAAGGUGUCUUCCAGUUCAACAAUGCAUUUAUUAAGAGCCCGGCGGCUCAGCUGGUCUCUGGGCAGGGAAUGGUGACGGACGGACUGGUUCUGCGUAUCACUACCGAAGGGCUGUUCGUUGACGACGAUAUCCGGGGAGUGGGUCAGCGAGAAUGGGACGUCAAGGCGUGGACGAUGAAGUUGGUCGAGGUGUGGUGUCCACAGUAUGCCUCCCAGAAGCAUAACCCUCCCAAGCAGAGUUCAUUCUUUGGUCGACGGGACGAAGGACCUUCAUCAGCGGAAUCCGAUGCAUACCUACUCAAUCUACUGAAGGUGUGCAAGAAUACAUGUCGCCUUGCGUCGCCAGGGCCGCAGUCUGAGAAACAGGGGCUCCAUGUGCUACGGGCCAGCAUUCGUGACCAGGAGGGUCGAAAGUAUCUUUUCGUCCUGGAAGAGACAGAAGGUUGGAAGGUGGGCAUCGGGCUUCAGCGACUUCGAAAGGGGGCGCUAGUACGAUCUCUGGGGGUGACGAACAUGUCGGUCAAUGAGGGCCGCUCGAUACUCGGGAACCUUGGAUACAUCUGA